AUGAAGAAGAAAAAGGAUCAUGAGAGAAUAGAGUCCAAAAGGGAUAAGAACCUGGUCCUAAAGACAGACAACAAUGAAUCAAGUGAUGAGGAUGCUGAUAAGGCUUACUUGACAAAGAGAUUUCAGAAGAUGGUCCGCAAAAAUGGAGGUAUUCCAAAGAACGGCAACUCUAGCAAGCCAAGAGGCUAUGACUUAUGUCAUAAGUGUGGAAAAAAAGAUAUUGCCGACAACGUUGUGAAACAAGCUCUUGCUGCAUGGGGAGACUCCUCAAGUGAAUCUGGCGAAGAUGAUAACAAAGGUGACAUCUCCAUGAUGGCAGUAGAAAGUGAAGCAACUGAAUAUGACUCUAUCUUUACCCUGAUGGCACAAUCUGAUGAUGAUGAAGAUGACGAUGAAGAUGAGAAGCUUAUAUCUUUGGAUAAUGUUUUAAUUGAUGCUUAUCACAGUCUCAUUAAUGAUAAAAAUGCGCUAACCACAGUACUAGGAGAAAUAGAACACGAGAGAGAUGAUCUAGUGGUGGUUGCGGUUGAUCAAAAAGAGACCAUUGAGAGUUUAAAAAGGGAAAAAGAUACUUUGACUGAGAGAAUUGCAAAUAUAGAGCAUGAGAGAGAUGGCCUAUUAGUAGUAGUCGUGGACCUAAAGGAAACAAUUGAGGAACUAAAAAGGGAAGGUAGGCAUGAGAUUACCCAAAAAGGAAAGGAAUUUGCAAGUGAGGCACACCUUAGGCUUGAAGAUGAGCUAAAAUCAGUGAAAUCUAGUCUAUGUGCUAAACUUGAGAGAAACAGACAACUUUAG